GGCGUAUCUGUCUUUUUGAGUUCGCCAUUGUCAGUCGCUUGUACAGCAGAAUCGGGUCCAUCAAGAGCGGCAGCUUUUCCUUUCAAGUCAAAGUGCUGGAAGUCAAGUAGCCCCGCAGGCCAAGACAUAAUCAUGUUCAAACGAAUCUGGCAGUCAGUUCUCUUCGCCAGCAUAACACUCCAGACAGUGGUAGCACAAACAGCAUGCAACAACAGCCCGGAUCUCUGCGAAAGAUCAUACUCGAAUAUAACUUACCUUGGAGCACACAACAGUCCCUUUCUCCGCGAUGAAACGACCAGCUUCUCCACAUCCGGGAACCAAUUCUACAAUACCACUACACAAUUAGCUGCCGGCGUCCGACUGGUAUCUGCGCAAAUACAGACUCCCAACGACACGGCUUCCGGCCUUCAUGUCUGCCAUACGAGUUGCUCACUACUUGACGCGGGGACACUGGAGAGCUGGCUGACGGAGAUCAAAACCUGGAUGGAUGCGAAUCCCAAUGAUGUUGUUACAGUCUUGCUUGUGAACGGAGCGGGCGCCUCUGCCAGUGAGAUCGGGGCUGCUUACACUGCCUCUGGUAUGAAUCAGUAUGCAUAUACGCCAACCAACACUACCGCGAACAGCGACUGGCCUACACUGCAGACUCUGAUCAGUGCUGGGACGCGAUCGAUGAACUUCGUGGCGAGCCUCAGUGAUAAUGCUGGAGCGACAUACUUGAUGAACGAGUUCACCUAUAUCGUCGAGAACGACUACGACAAUUCUGCGCCUACCGACUUCUCUUGUCAGGUGAGCCGGCCAUCGAGCCUCGCAAAUCAGGCUGCGACAGCCGUUUCCAGUGGUUACAUGACGCUGGUAAACCACUUUCUCUACGAGAAUCAAGCGUUUGGAAUUCAAAGUCCGAACGAGACAUAUACGCCAGUCACAAACUCCCCUGGCAGUGGCGUAGGCACCCUCGGCACUGCAGCAUCAGAGUGUACCGCUCUCUACGGCAGAGCGCCCAACUUCUUUCUAGUUGACUUUUUCAACGUUGGUCCGGCGAUCGAGGCCGUGGAUACAUUGAAUGGCAUCACCGCAACGGGUCGGACAACGGUACCCACAGCUUUGCUGAGCGAGACUUCGGGAAGUGUGCCAGCAAUGAACAGGAUAUCGACAGUUCACUUGGGCUUCAGCGCGGCCUUGCUUGCUUGGAUCUUGUUGUGAGACACGAAUGUUUCGUGACGAAUGUAACGCUUGAUGACUGAUACGACCUUGGAAAGAGCAUAGCGAUGGAGUUGAGAAUAGCGGUCUGCCGGACUGUGGGACGCGCGGCACCUAGAACAAUACAU